AUGGCCUCAGCACGCACCCAGCAGCAACCUCCCCUCCCCUCCUCCACCUCCUCCCGUAUCUUCUCCCCCAGAGUCGCAAACAAUGCCGACUCGGACAUCGUCCCCUCUAUCCUUUACGAACCCACACCCAUCUCCCCCGUCGCCUCCUCAUCAUCCAACCUCCCCAGGCCUCCUGUUCGCGGCCGCACCCACUCGCGGACGUAUGAAUGGUACGAGGCCGUGCAGAAGGAGCGAGAAGACCGCAAAAAGUCAAAGGGCUCCAGGUCCUCUGCCUCUUCCUCUUCUGGGUCCGAGCGGGGGAGUGUGAGUGUCAGCCGCGGUGACAGGAGGUCAAGGAGGGUUUCGGAAGACGUCGAUGCGCAGACUAUCAGCGCGCACCACCACCUGCCGGAUGUCCUGGCCGAAGUUGGUAUCUCGCCCGACCCCAUUCUCUACCUGCCGCCUCUCCUCUCACCUCUGCCUGAACACGCGCACGACCAUGCCCCAGAGUACGACGAAGACGAAGACCAUCCUCACCCUCACCCUCACUUUCACUCGCACUCGCACUCUCGUCCAGGCAAGCGAGACGACGCUCUCAUCUCUGUCAAGGAGGUGAACGACAACCGUCAUGGGCUGCAUGAGAAGGGCGAGCAGGUCGACCCUCUUCGAGACUUUACGACUCGUCUACCUCAUAUCGACCCUGCUUCCCUCGCUCUGCACCAGGCUUUACACCAUUUCAAGCCUCUUUCCAACGCUUACGCUUCUCUGCCGUAUGACAAGGCUUUCAAUUGGUCUUCUCUUUCCCUGCCAAAGUCUGCCGAAAGAGAAUGGUACUGCGUGGUCUUCCGUUCCCGCCGCAAGCCCGAGUCUGCCAACCUCUCCCUUUACAAAGCCGACCGCGAAGCGCACGAAGAAGCUGUCCAAAAUGGCGGUCUGAUUCUGUAUUGGUACGGCGUACCCGACUCUACCGGCUUGAACCUCGCCACUUGCAUCUGGCAAUCCCGCCGUCAUGCGAUCAAAGCCAUCUCCGGCCCCAAACACAUGUCCGCCAUGAAACAGACCGAAGGCGCAUACGAAACAUACUCUCUCGAGCGAUGGGUGUUGAGGAAGGAAGUGGGCAAAAGGGGGGUGAGCUUGGAGAAGUGGGAGGGAGGGGAUGUUGGAUGGUAG